GGCACAAUGAGGAAAGAGCUUGCUGAGUUGCAAGAAGAACUAUCUCUGGCUCAUAAUAAGGUUCAUAUAUCUGAAGCAAGGGUUGCCACUGCUUUGGAUAAACUAACUCACAUGGAAACAUUGGUUAAUGAUAGGCUGUUACAAGAUAGAAACACCUCAGAAUCUGAUCAAAGUUGCUCUUCUCCUUAUACUUCUACGCAAUCGCUGGAUACCAUUAAAGCAAAGUUGCCUCGGAAAAGCUUGAAUGUCUUCGGUCCAGUUCAAUCUUAUCGUCCCCAAUUGAAAAACUUCUGGUAUCCUGUUGCUUUCUCCUCCAAUCUCAAGGAUGAUACUACGAUUGAAGUCGAAGUUACAUUUGCGCUUGUGCUGCUGGCUCUGGCUUUCACUCAUUCUGGAAUAGUGUUUCGUUCAAUGAAAGAAAAGGUGUAUGCGAGAUUUAUUAUUUUCUCUUGA